AUGGCCGACGUCCGAUCUCUCCUACGCCAGCAGCGCGCCGCUCGCCGUAUUGAACACCCUCACGCCGCCUACUCCGAGGCCGGCAAGCUUCUCUGCACCCUAUGCCACGACCACAUCAAAACCGAGUCCCUCUGGGACGGCCAUAUCCAGAGCGACUCCCACAAGGCCCGUCUCCUCCAGCUUCGAGCUGCGGCCCAAGCCAACGGCGCCAGUGAUGCUCAGAAGACGGCCCAGAAGCGGAAACAUGAUGACGACGAUGAGGAUAGUGCGAAUGGAAGCGGCGACGUGGACAUGGAGGACUCUAUGAGGCGGAAACGCAGCAAGCAAGACAUGGCCUUGCACGGGCACGAGGUGGACGGGGACAAAGACCAGACUUUGACCCCACCCCGGUUGACGAGGAGGACUUCUACCACACCGUCCCAGGGCAUUGAGAUGCAGAUCCCUUCACGGCCGGCCACGCCCGCGCAUCGCGACGGACCCUCCGUUUCCACACCUGGAGGCCAGCCCAGCAACUCCCUACCAUCGCAACCCACCACCGCCUCUCUUCCCACACGGCGAGCGAGCACUCUGGCAACCGAUGGCCGACCAGGUCCGACAGCGCAGCAAGUCGACGAGUCGGAGUGGGCCGCCUUUGAGGCCGACAUUGCCGCAACGUCAAUCCCCUACGAUGCGGAUGCCGUCAUCUCAGCUCCCGCCAUGACCGCAGAAGAGACCGCAGCAGCUGCCGAGGCUGAAGAAGAGGAAGCUAGAAAACGGAGGGAGCAGGCUGAUGUGGACCUCGAGGACGAAAAGGAGGAGGCCACCAGGGCGCUGGAGGAGGAGUUUGAGGAGAUGGAAGAGCUGGAGGCCCGCGUGCGGCGGCUCAAGGAAAAGCGGGAAGCCUUGCGGAAACGAGGUGAGAGCUUCGGCCAGGAAGCAGCGCCUGCGAAACCCACAAAUGUGGGUAAAGAGAACUUGGAAACCCCCAUGGAGGAGGAGGAAGACGAGGAUGAGGACGAUGAGGAGGACGAUGACGAUUGGGACGGAUUCAGGUUCCGGACCAACUAG